AUGUAACCGGGGCGUCAGGGCGAAUUUUCUAGGAUGGAAACGGAAAGGUCCCUUCCCCGUGUGCGUGAAGCUUUUCGCCUUUUCCCCACUCUUCCCUUUCUCUCUCAUCUCUUCCGUUCCCGUCCCAGCUCCAUCUCCUUGCUCGCACAUCCCCACCCCACCGUACGAGAUCUCCCACCGUAACACCUCGGAGCUGAAAUGAGCGGCGGCGGCGGCGGAGGCGGAUUGGGCGCCGGCUUCUCGUACCAGAAGUUCGUCCACGUCGCGCUGGAGCAGACCCGCCUCCGCACCGCCCUCGCCCCCCACCCAUCCCAGGAAAAGUUCAAGUUCAUAAAAACCAAUGAGGAUAACACUGUUUUGAAUGCUCUCUCAUUCAGCGCCCCCAAGAUUAGACUGCUUCGGAGCCUGGCAAUUGAGCAGAAAAACUCGGUUCAGGUUCUUGACUUUGCUGCCUUCUCAGAACCUGAAUAUGACCUUCCUAUAUUUUGUGCCAAUGCUUUUACAUCUCCUGCACGUAGUAUUAUUGUCUUGGAUCUGAAUCCUUUGUACGACACCACUGAACACGAGGAUUACAGGGAAAAAUACUACAGGAAUUUGAUGCCUCAUAUACACAAGUACAGUGAGCUUCUGCCCUGGGGUGGCAAAAUUACAGGCGAGUCUCUGAGAUUCUUCUCUCCUAUUGUUAUCUGGACAAUACUUGAGCCAACUGAGGCCAACCACCAAGUUCUAUACUCAGCCUUCAUGGAUUACUACAAGGUGUGGCUCGAAUUAAUGGAUGAAGCAGUUCAAGAAAUAAGCGUGGAAAAAAUUGAUAGAAAUAGAGAAGCACAACAUAAAUAUCUCACAUGGAGAGCUGAGAAGGAUCCUGGUUAUCCACUGUUAAAAAAGUUGAUUGGUGAAUGUGCUGCCAAGGAUUUGGUGAGAGAGUUUCUGUUUGAAGGAGUCGAUUCGCUUGGGACAAAGCCAUUCCUGCAGUAUUUCCCCGAAUAUGCACAGAAAGAUGGGACGGUAAACAAGAAGCGGAGUAUGAUUGGGAAGUCAUUUGAAUCUCGGCCUUGGGAUGCUCAUGGACGGUUCAUCGGCGAUGCUACAACAUCGGAACCUGCAAUUCCACUCGUAUGACUUGUAGUUGUAGUUUGGCAGCUACAGCUUUCGUUGGGAAGAGAGACAGGGAUGGAACGCGUGGAGGCUAAGGAAACUAGUGCUCACGGCUCUCGUGUCGGCCUAACCGCCUAACCGCAGCAAUGGACGCACAGCGCCACCGACUCUUGCCAUGGACGCCGUCUGCAUGAACUGCAGUGCACCAAGGGGCCCUACCGGCGGGGUAGUGGUGAGCAGGCCUUUGAUGGAGGCGCUCGGCGUCUGGAACGUUGAUCGGGCGAGCGGCACAGCAGAGAAGAAGAGGCCACGCGGAAGCAGAAUGGAUUGGUUCGUACAGGAGCGGUUGUACAUUCGUGGGCCGUGGCCCUUGUUCGCGGCCCAACGGGAGAAUCCCACGCAACCGUUAAUAAGGGUGCGUGGAACUGAUUCUCCACUGAAUUCAGCGUGAGACAUGUCAAACAGUUUUUCAAAGAUAAAUAAUUUUUUUAGAGAGA